ACAUUCAGGCCCAGUCAAAACAAUGCAGCUUAUCCGGCCUGCUGCGUCUCUCGUGCGGAUAAUAUUCACCAAAUUACCAACGAGGAACCCUGCGGAACAGCUCAUGCACAGCCGGUGUUGUGUCUAGGUGAAGUUUAGUCGCCUCUUUGUCACGGUUAGUUGAAUAUUUAGCUGUGUGCGUUGCAGCUUUUCUUCUUUUCCCCCGUGUGGGUGUUUGUGUGUUUUGUUCUGAAAUGGAGACAAGCUGAGGGGAGCGGCUGAAAACAUUACAAAAAUAACCACACAAAAAUUAAGAAAAAUUAGAGGUGCAAGGAGACGUGUCGAGAUUAAAAUUAAAUCCUACUUAUUAAUCUCCUGGUUGGCCGGCUGGUUAUCAUGGUGGAGUAGGCGGCUCUCCUGCGAGCGACCGACCGACGGAAGGGUCUCUCUCAGCGGGGAGCCUCAUCAUGGCCCCGGGCUCUCUGGUGGCGGCCUGCCGCAGCUUGGCCCUCUCUACGUGGCUGCUCUCCUUCUGCUUCGUCCACCUGCUGUGUCUGGACUUCACCGUGGCCGAGCGGGAGGAGUGGUACACCGCCUUCGUCAACAUCACCUACGUGGACCCGGCCACCUCGGAGCUGCGCACCGAGAAGACGGAGUGCGGCCGCUACGGAGAGCACUCGCCUAAGCGGGACGCAAAGGGAGUGGUGGUCCUGCCCGCAGCCCUGCACGACAGACAGGCCUGCGACCCCAACACCCGGUUCUCGGUGCCCGCUCAGGCCGGGUCAGGGGCCUGGAUAGCGCUCAUAGCCCGGGGCAACUGUACGUACAAGGACAAGAUCCGCCACGCUGCAGCACACAACGCGUCCGCCGUGGUCAUCUUCAACGUGGGGUCUGCUAAUGUCAACGACACCAUCACCAUGCCUCACUCAGGUACAGGUGAGGUGGUCGCCAUCAUGAUCCCAGAGCCAAAAGGCCGCGAGGUUGCAUUGCUGCUGGAGCGCAACGUGACGGUCACCAUGACGAUCACCAUCGGGACGAGGAACCUGCAGAAGUACGUCAGCCGGACGUCGGUGGUGUUUGUGUCCAUCUCCUUCAUCGUGCUGAUGAUCAUAUCCCUCGCCUGGCUCGUCUUCUACUACAUCCAGAGGUUCCGAUAUGCCAACGCGCGAGACAGGAACCAGCGUCGUCUGGGUGAUGCAGCAAAGAAAGCCAUCAGUAAGCUGCAGGUUCGCACCAUCAGGAAGGGCGACCAGGAGACCGAGGCCGACUUUGACAACUGUGCCGUCUGCAUUGAAGGCUACAGGCCCAAUGAUGUGGUCCGCAUACUGCCCUGCAGACAUUUGUUCCAUAAGAGCUGUGUGGAUCCGUGGCUGCUGGACCAUCGCACGUGUCCCAUGUGCAAGAUGAACAUCCUGAAAGCCCUCGGCAUCGCUUUGAACGCAGAUUGCCUGGACGACUUGCCGCUGGACUACGACCUGGCCCUGGGCGGCGUGGGAGGGGUUGGCGUAGGCGGCGUGGGAGGAGUCGGGGCUCUGGCUCUGGAGGCCGUGGUGUCCGGAGCGUCCAGUGACGGCACGCUGAGCGAGGGCGGCUCCUCGGUGGUGCUGGACCCCGGCGUGCGACGGGUGGGGCUGCCACAGGACUACCAGGACCCCGACACACUGAGAGACAGCCCAGUGACAGCCACCACGGACACACACACAGGUGAGCUCCAGCCAAUGGCGAGCAGCGCCUCGGUGGCAUCACUGGUCAUCGCUGUGGAAACGGGUCUGUCAGACGAGGAGGGGUCAACGGAGCAGACUCAGCUGGGGGAAAAAUCCUGAGAGGAGCCAAAACUGAGCCAAACCAGAACCUGGAACCCAAAACUCCCAUCAGGUUCACACUUAAGUGACUAAAACCCAGACUGAGCUAGACCGGAGCCAGGUUCUGGUUUGGUUACAGCCAGCAACAGUGUUUGACUGGAUUGUUUUGUUUUGUUUUGAUUUUUUUUUUUUUUUGGACCUGUGAUACAAAACUUUGUUAAACCAAACCGACUUGUCUGAGGCAGACCUACGUUGAAUUAAGGUUUGUAUUGGUUUUGAUAACGUUGAAGAAAAACCGACUAACCUGGUUCUGCUUCGUGUUACUCUGGCUUGGCAAGGUCAGAUCCAGGAAUUAUCCUGGACCAACACAGCUGUUAUCCAGUCUGCUUACCUUGGUCUGACCCUCAUCUCUUUCUGUUCUGUCUUAAUCGACCCACAUUUGCCUCAUUUUGUGCCGUUUCUAGAACUUGACUAUCCACGUACUUUUUUUUCUUUUGGUCCUUCCCAUCUGUUGUUACUCCUGACAAACUUCCACAGUGACAGAAAUAUAAAUCUAAUCCUUCAUUCGAAUGUCGUGGAACUUGUCUGGAAGUUUCUCGUCUGAUUUUUAUUGGACUUUUAAAGGUACGGAUGGGAUUCAACCCUGAGUCUCAACGACCUCAGAACGAAUCACAUGUUUAGUCUCGGCUGCCAAAAUGAAGUCGUCGAUAUUCUGCUUCAUCGGUAAAACUGGAGGACUCGAGACACCAGGUUGUGUUUUUAAAGUAGCAGGAAUCUAGAUUGACCUGUGUGUUUCCACCUGUUCUACUUCAGUAAGGAGUGCUGUUGUCUCUGGACCUUUUGUGGAAUAUUUUGUCGCCUGGUUUUUCCAGGUAGUGAGGCACAACUACACAAACUUGAUGGACGUUGUGUGACGGAGGCUCACUUCUUGUUCCUUGUCUGGAUUCUCGGAAGAGUUCAUCUCUGGUUCAUUUGGUUCAUUUUGCCGCUGUUUCUUGACGUGUGCGGUGACUGACUUUCAUAUUGGAAAGGAGAACUUUUAUUCUGAACGGACAUUUCAGUACGUUUUUUUUCUUUUCUUUUUUUUUGUGUUUUGCUAAAAGGUCGGACUUUGUCCUGGCAGUAUUACAACUACAGUUUGACUGCAGUAUUCAAUAGAAACACACAGUAUUUUGUUUUUUCUCUCUCUCUAAUUGCCUGUCUGUAUAAUUCAAGGCUUCUUUAUCUUUAUAGUAUAAUGACAGUAUUCGGUUUGAAUGCUCUUUGUGCUUGGCUGUGGUUUUAAACAGGGUUCCCGUGUACGUUCAGAAAACUGGACACACUAACAAAAUGCUCUUGACAGUUUGCAGCACGGCACAGAAAAUGAUACAGUACGAGGACAGUUCAUAUGGUUCAAAUGUAAAUUCACGAUGACGACGACACUGCAGAUUUUGUGACUGUAAAGCACAGACGAAAACAAGUAAAAGGUAUAAAAACUAGCAAGCAGUUUUUAAAACCUUUUUGAAACUCGGUAGUUAAUGGAUCUUUUUGAGAUAUGGCUCCUGUUCUUCUCUUUAUUUAAUUAAAAGAUCUGUAAGGUCGAAGUGUUGGAAAAGACUUUCCUCACCAGUCUUCCAUCACAUCUUUCUCUCCUGAAUUGUAAACUUAGGUAAGCAUCGUCCAAACUUUGCCAGGUACGAACCCUGUCUGUAGUGUUGCCUUGUUUUGUUUUAUUGCCCGUCCUUCUGUCUGUCUGCCUGACCGCACGCUAUCAUGGCCUCAUGCUGCCUUUUUUUAAAAAACACAUUGACCUUUAACCCUGUCAUCAGACAAUCAAGGAUCAAAUCUUUUGCUUUACAGUCAGGGAUCUUUUCUCUGUACGUAAGCAAACCUAGGAAGCGUUUCAAACCCACAGUCUGUACACCGCAGUAGACGUUAGAUACUGUUUUCAUUUCUGGAGUUUUAAUCAACGCCACCAAACCAAGCUGUGAAAGACGACUUUUCAAAAAAGUUACCCAAGUUAGAGUUGUAGAAACGCUUUCAUAACUGUAAACAAGAGAGUUGAACGAAGAAUCCCUCCCCGCUUUAGUGACUGGUGUUCACUCCAUGUGCAUCAGCUCAAAGCCGAACAUGUAAAUAUAAAAAUGUAUAUUUCACAAGUUCACUCCGCCACCGAGCAGACUGCGCAGGGCUGCGGUCGUGUCGUGGUGUCGCCGUGAGCUUCCUGAAACCGAGAGAGAUAAAGAGUGUUGUCUAUUUUGUUACCAGAGGAGACGUUUAUUUUUGUAAUGAAGACACCCAGCAGCAAGGACUGACCCCCCCCCCCCCCCCAAUGACCCCACAGCCUGGUGAUUCUCAAUGUGAUUGAGUCUUUAUCAGGUAGAUUUAAGUGUUAACUAUUCGUAUAAUUGUACAUACAUACAGCACGCAAAGGACCUCGAUGAUAUGAACCUAAACUAUCGUAAAUUUGUCCGUAAUCACUUGGGAUCUGAUUGUUGAUGUAGCCUGAUGAAAAUUGAACUUGAGAGAAUUGAGCUUGAGUGUAGGACGGAGAUCUCAAUGACGUACUGAUUUUUUUCCCCCUUUUGUUUUGAUACUGGUGUCUGUUUUGUGCCAAUCUAAAUGGAAAAUAAGACCAUAAUCGUAACAAAUGUAUAAGUUUAACUGUAUCUAGAUAAAAUAAUAUCAGACCUGCAGACUCAGAGCUGCAACAUACAAUCAUUUUUCUACUCAACAAAUCUGCUGACUAUUAUUAUGAUUUCCACAUUUAAUAAUUUGGUCAAUAAAACAUCAUCAACCUGUCAUAUUGUGUCUUAACAGUGGACAUGAUGUGAUUGUCAGUUAAUCGGUUGACUUUAUAUUAAUGUAUAACUUGGAAAUGUAAUUGGUUUUAAUGACGAAAAGUUACGUUUUGGGGAAUUACAAUUGGCACUAAAGAAGACGUACUGGUGUUGUGAUUUUUUUUAAGUCCUACCACUGAGUUCGAUUUCUCUCAGACUCAAUAGAACAGAAAUACUUUUUAAGGUUCUGCCUGCUUUGCUUCCUAGGCUUCAUCUUUCUUCUCUCCUCACAGUUCAGUAUCAGGGCAGAGGACCAGUUCACUCUCCGUUCAGUUAGUUACGAGUAUAUAAUAAAAACACUAGUUAAUUUAAACACCGGUAAGAUGGUGGAGAGGCUUAUUUGCUGUAAUAUAUGAAGAUGAUUUGACUUGUAUGCCUUUUGUCUUGGCCAAUUUUUAAGUGAAUCUUGUUUUAAUUAAAGUCACUUCUUUGUGUUGUAAGCUUUAUUUUCCAGGAAUUUUUAUUGGGCGUCUUUUUAUUUUUCACAUUUGCACUGUUUUCAUUCUUUUACUUUUAUUAUUGUGACUUAAAUACUGCCGUAAUGAAAAUGAACUGAACUAAUCCUCCGAAGAAUUUUUUUUUUCUUCUAUUAGAGACCGAGGCUGCUGUGGCAUGCUGGUCCCAUUCAGGGUUGGGUAUUGCUUUGUUAAUGACUGAAACGUGACCAUAAUAACACUAAGCUGAAAAAAUGUCUGGUUUUAAAUAUUUGUUCAGAUUUCAAAAUUUCUGUGCUGAUUUUUCUGAUUUUAAAGUUAUAAUACGUAAACAUUUCAUAAAUCAAAGCCCUAUUUUAUCGAUUAGAUCUAUUGUUGGCUUUUUUUGUAAUGACCUCUGUACAGUAGUUGUAGUUCCUUCCUUCGACACGAGUUAGUUUGGCUGCAUUGCAAAACAGAUAUAUGCCAGAUCGGUGUUAUGUUAUAUUCUAUGCUUUACUAUCUGCUUAAAGAUUUCUAACUGUAGCAUUAAACCGAACAGUGACCACAGCUGUUGCCAAAUCAGCCAGGCUUAAAGUCUUAGGCAUUAUAACUUUACACAUAGAUUUUAUUUGAGUGCAGUUCUCCUUUUUGUCUGCUUGUGUUUUAGAUAAAAAAUGUAUAAGUAUUGUUUUGGUAUUGGUGCCAAAACAUACAUAUCGCAUCAGCAUUAGAAGAACUUAGAGCUUUGAUACCCAGCCCUAAAACCCUUCAUACACUUCGGUCAAUGAAAACCUUCCUGCUCCUCUUUUAUAAUCAUUGGUAGUUUUUGAUUAAUUGACCUAAAUACAUAAAGAUGAAAGCAGCUGUUCUCAAAGACUCGGCUUCAUACUUUUUACAAGGCAGAAAGAUUAUUCAUGACGCCAAAUUAGGGACCAUAGUCACACAAAAGAAGACUGUAUCUCAUAACUAUGAUUUUAAGUAUCUCUGUUUCUUUUGGGGUCUUUAUUGGACAGUUGAUAGUUAAAAGACAAACAGGAAACAAGGGGAGAUAGAUGAGUGACGGGCAACAAAGGAAACCAGUCGCUCCAUCAGAUUAUUAGUAAAAUAUAGGAUCCAUAAUUCAUUAGGACUGCAACUAAUGUUUAAUUUCAUUAUUAAAUUACUUAAAUGAAUCAACCAUUGGUUCAAAAGCUGAAAAUAUUUAGUUUACUUUCACAUUAGAACAAAGAAAAGGUUCAAAUCCUCCCAAUGAAAACUAUAAAAUGUUGGAUGAUUACAUUUGCUGUUGGAUGAUUCAUUGACCAGUCGUUGUAAUGAUGAGAUACGGCUCUUGUAAUUAGGAGUUGUGGAUCUUGAUUUUCUCACCGAGCACAAAUCCUAAAACUACACCAAGAAAAGUCAUAGUUAGGACCUAAAGUCUCAUAAUUAAGAGAAGUUAAAUCAUAGUUUCAGGAGAUACAGUCCUCUGUUUUUCAUGCUUUUAUUUUGAAAGGAGUUGGUUUAGUUAGUCUUUUAUCAAGAAGCUUAUAGCCAACCAGACCGCUGUGAUGAACCUUCAAUGUGUUUAAAGUGGGACCUUCAUGUCACUGCCAGUAAUGACGUCUGAUUGGUUCCUCUGCGCAGCCCCAUUGGCUGUUAUCCCUGUAUGCUGUGUUUUGAUUGGUUGCUCAGCCUCGUUUGGUGAUGCACUUUAAUUCUGUUUCUCUGGAAGGUUCUGGAAAAGUCUCUUCUCAUCUCUCCCCUCACGCAUCUCGACAUAUUCUUCUGCUCUUUUUGUCUUUUCUCUCUUGUUUCUGUUACUUUCAUAUUUUCAGGUGAAUGAAAAGAUGAAGCAGGUGAAUCCUGAGCCAUGUAGUCCCGUUAGGGGAUUUUACAUUUCAGUGUCAUCACUAAAGCAUGAAUAUCAGGAAUUUGUCAGAGUUAAGUUUUUAUUUAGGGGGAAAGAAAAGAAAAGAAAAAAACAGAUCCUUCCAGAGAGACAGCGAGAGUUGAGAGAUGAUCCGAUGCGUUUGUAGUCUUGGUAACCCCCUUGGCUACCAUGACAACAGGGUGUGAUGUGUCAUGUGUGUUUCUACAAUAUUAAUGGUAACUUUUGUUUUACAGAACGUCUGUUUGUGUGAUCGUCCUGUGCACGCAAACACAAAAAAACACACCUGCAUACACACGUGUAAAUACAAGGCGGCGUGACGCCAAGUUGUUUCUGUGUUUCAGUUGUUGCACGUGUUCUGAUUCAGGACAGAAUUUAAAUAAAAUUUUACUGCAA